AGUUCUUUUGAUUUGUGUACUGCAAUUAUCGAGUUCUACAAAAUGGGUAUCUACGAGGACACCUUAAUAAAAGUAGUGGAGCAUAUGCUGGCCCAGAAAAGCAUCGAGGUGCAGGACGAGUCGGUGAAACGCUGGAUGGCUCGCCAAAUGGGCGACAAAUUGUCGGAAAUUGGCACAAUGGCUAGUAAUUGGGCAAGUCACGCUGGCCGCUCCCAGCCGGGAUAUUUCGAUGUGGAGCGCACCUUUAAGAGCUUGAACAUCACGGCCGAGGAUCUUGCCGCCGAGGUCAAGGCUAGUGCGGGCAAGCCCAUGCCCAAGAUCGACUUUCCCGAACCGGAGACGCGGGUGCAUCACACGCCAGCCAUACCAUUGCUGGGUGCCACUUCGGCAAAGGAAAUGGCCAAGCACCCAAAUGUUCCCAGUUUCCUGCCGCCUUUUCCCGGGCCACACACCUACAAGAGCACACCGAUGGUGCCGAACAACAAAAUUGAUCACGUGGAGGCGCGCGAGAAGAUGGCACUGAAGCGACGGCAAGAGAAGGAUAACCUCAACGGUCUAUACAUGCGCAUGAAGCCAACUGUGUCCUUGAUCAGCGAGCCAACCGGUCGAUUUGAUUUGCUCGCCUUGGAGCCGCCCAAGAGACCUGCCUACGUGGACGCCCUAAUGGCACGCGAUCAGAAAUACGAAGUUGAUAUCUACGGCGAUAACGAUGCGAUUCCCGAGCAAGCGCCCAAGAACCCAUUUUUGAUGCCACCAAAACCACCUGGCACCCCCAAGACGCCCUUUCCCAUCGACUUGGGUUUGAUCUAUAACGAACAUAAGGGUCAGAAGUCUGCUGGUGCCCAUGACGAUUUCGUUGCUCUCUACAAUGAAAUCUACGGAGUCCACGAACCUUUCAACGAGACCCUGAAAGUACCCAAGACUGACUUUAACUUUGCUACUGAAACAACAACUGUAGCAGAGGUGCAGAAUUCUGAGGUAAUUGUAGUGGCAAGAAACGAGACUACGAAUAUCAAAGAGCAGAAGCCCGAAGCAGCGGUUGAGCAGGCUUCCACUUCUGGCUCCGUAGAAAAGGUCCAUAAGAGAUCUAAGAAGAAAAAUAAGAAGCAGAAGAAAGCCAAAGAGUCGAAGGCUGACUUGUUGGGCCGUGUGACCUCUGAAGAUCUAAAGAACUUAGAGCCAGAGCCUGUGCCAAAGGUGGAACAAACUCAGGAGAAAGAGAUUAUAGCAGAGCAGAAGCCCCAAGCAGAGGUUGAGCAGGUUUCCACUGCUGGCUCCGCAGAGAAUCUUCCUCAGAGCUCUCACAGCAAGAAAAGGCGUCCUAAGAAGGACAAGAAGCAGGACAAGAAAGCGAAAAAGUCGAGGGCUGACUUGUUUGGCCGUGCGACCCCUGAAGCCAUUGUAGAUCUAAAGAACUUAGAGCCAGAGCCUGUGCCAAAGGUAGAGGAAACUCAGGAGAAAAAGAAUAUAGCAGAGCAGAAGCCCGAAGCAGCGGUUGAACAGGCAUCCACUUCUGGCUCCGUAGAAAAGGUCCAUAAGAGAUCUAAGAAAAAAAAUAAGAAGCAGAAGAAAGCCAAAGAGUCGAAGGCUGACUUGUUGGGCCGUGUGACCCCUGAAGCCAUUGUAGAUCUAAAGAACUUAGAGCCAGAGCCUGUGCCAAAGGUGGAACAAACUCAGGAGAAAGAGAUUAUAGCAGAGCAGAAGCCCCAAGCAGAGGUUGAGCAGGCUUCCACUGCUGGCUCCGGAGAGAAUCUUCCUCAGAGCUCUCACAGCAAGGAAAGGCGUUCUAAGAAGGACAAGAAGCAGGACAAGAAAGCGAAAAAGUCGAGGGCUGACUUGUUUGGCCGUGCGACCUCUGAAGAUCUAAAGAACUUAGAGCCAGAGCCUGUGCCAGAGGUGGAGGAAACUCAGGAGAAAGGGAAUAUCGCAGAGCAGAAGCCCCAAGCAGACGUUGAGCAGGCUUCCACUGCUGGCUCCGGAGAGAAUCUUCCACAGAGCUCUCACAGCAAGAAAAGGCGUCCUAAGAAGGACAAGAAGCAGGACAAGAAAGCCAAAAAGUCGAGGGCUGAGAUGUUCGCCGGUUUGGCCAAUGAAGCCUCGAAAGAAGUGGAAAAUAAGGAAAACGUUCCGAUAUCCGUGAACAAGACUCUCCGCGACGGUAAGAAGUCGAAAAGAAUGCAUAAAUGUGUAAAUUAAACUCUGAAUAAAACUGCAAGCUGGGGCAGAGAGCUCGGGGAAUAUUACCAUUUGAGUGCCAGGCG